UUUGGCUCCGUGUCCAACGGUUCCAACUAUCCCCAUAAUCACAACGGAAGCCACGACAGCCAGGGCUACGAAUCUCGACCGCCGACGCCAGAGCCCCAGGCCUACCAACCCGAUAGACCUGUGCAGACCUAUGCGCAGAUCAACGCUCCUGAGGACGACCCCGUCGAGCGCCUGCAACGCAUACAACGCCAGCGAGAGAUCGAGCUCCAGGAAAUAAACAACGAGAUUGAGAUCGAAAUGAGUCGAAGGUAGGCAACCGAAUAUUCCUUCUCUGAUGCCGCAUUCGCCCGCCCGAGAUGUAUUUCGGGGCUCCGGAAAAUGCAACGGGAUGGGAUCGCUGUUUCCUUUUUCCUCGUCGCUUCUGCCUCUGCUUCUGCCUCUGCUUCCGCUUCCCUCGCCCAGGCGUGCAUGGACAACUUGGUCGUGGGCUUGCGUUCCCCAGAGUAGGCAUAUACGACGAUGGCGAGGUCACUAGAUACGGCGCUGGCGAGUCGUAUCGACCCUUCAACGAUCGCACACCUCGACGGGGCAAGUCUCCCGCUGGGCCAGACCGUGAAAGCCCCAUAGCCAGAGAACGAGAGCCGAGAGAUCGUGCCCGAAGCCCCCCGCGUGAACCCAGGAUAAGACCUCGCAGUCCUCCUAGAGAACCACGAUUUCGCCCUCGCAGUCCCUUGCCCCAAAGAGACCGCCCUGUCGGCAGAAGCCCCCCACGAGAGCCCAGAGCUCGUAGUCCUCUACCUCAGAGGGAACGACCGCGAAGUCCUCCCCGAGCCCCGAGAGCUCGCAGUCCUCUGCCCCCACGAGAGCGACCUCGAAGCCCCCCAGCCCACGAAGACCGUUACAUACCUGAUCGUACUCCGCGGCGGCGGUCACGGAGCCCGUUCAGACCAGACCGAUCGCGGGACCAUGGCCGAGACGACGAUAGAGGUGGUAUCGCGGCUGCUGAUACGUGGCGACGACAGCGUUCUCGCAGUCCGAUCAGGCGCUCUUCCCCCCCGCGACGCUCCCCGAUUCGACGCAACAGUCCGCCUCCUCGGCGCUUCUCGCCUGUGCGACGGGAUCUUAGAGAUGAUAGGGAUCGGCGUGGCUUCAACCAAAGGGAUCCAAGAGGUAGAUCUAGAUCUCUAGAGAGAGACCGACGCGAUGUACGGGAUCGGGACAGGCGAAGCCCGCCUGCUCGCCGCGUAUCCCCUCCCAGAGGACCCGGUGCAUCGUACAGACGCCGCUCGCCCAGCAUGGAUCGCCGCGAUGACCGUUACGGCCCCGCGCAGCGACGGCCCUCACCUCCGCGAGAGCCGGCAGUUGCUUCAACAUACCCUAGCAGAGAUCAAUCCCGCCGACCAUCGCCGCUUCCUUCGACUGCUCGUCGAGACGAUCGGUCUAACCCACAGUCGCCCCUGUCGUCCCGACAUCACUCUCGAUCCCCCCAGCGAGUACCCCUUCGAGACAGAAGCCCAGUCCGGACUGUCUCGAGAAUAGCCUCGAAAUCACCACCCAGAGGUCCGGCCGCCUUACGGCCCCCUCCCACCGGACCUCGAGGUGACCGAGCACCUCGGCGGGACAUUCGUGAUGAUAGGGAUGGUCGAGACUUUCCACGACGCUCUAUAUCGAUCAACGACGCACCUAACAGACCGGCACCAGGAUCUGGUCGCGAUGCUGUUAGUCCCGGUGCGCCUCCCUCUGGGCCCAGGGGCUACGGAUCUACACGUGGCGGUUACGGUCGCGGGGGCCGAGGCAACACUUGGAUAGCCCCAUCCCAAAGCCGUAACGACUCUCCGGCUCCAGUACCUGGACCGGCACCUGUUAGCAACGGUAAUAGCAACGCCCCUGUCCCCACCGGUCCUCGGGGCCAGACUCCUUCGUCUACGUCGAUUCCUUCAACCCCGACAGCGCAGUCAAAACCGUUCAACCCGCCCAAGGGUCCGGCGGCUGAGAAGCGUCAGUUGACGGUCUUCGAGAAAGAAGCUGCUACAAUGACGCCCAUCAUGCCAGGCGGGAAAAUGACGGCGGAAGACGAGGCCGCGAUGAGUGGUGUUCUCCCUGAACAGCUCGCCCAUUUCAAGGCUGCAGAGGAGGAGUCGGACAGACUCCGCAAGGAGAUUGAGAAGAACGAAGAAAGAACUCGGGCUAUGAUGGCUGAUUUCAGAAAAGGGCAGCGGGAGUGCGAACUUUUGAAGCUUAGGACUGAUCUCACCGAGGCUGCUGUUGCCAAAUCGUCAGGAGAGAGUUACACUGGAUCAGCUUUCUAAUGCACGAGUAAGCGAAGAUACCCCAAACCUAGUCCCAUAAUAUGGACAGCCAGAAAUGAAAUAGGAUAUUAUCCGUGGCUCGAGAUUGUUCCGACGAAUAAAAGCCGCUCUCCAGAGUUGACAGUGCACGAAAUGAACACAUUCUAAUCGCACAGGUCCAUGUUAUAUAUACAGC